AUGAAUAAUUAUGUGAAGUAUAAAAUCGCGAGGAAUGGAGGGGAGGUGGUGAGGAUGGAUGUUCUGGUGGGAGACGAAACGAGGUCGUAUUUUCCGGUGACCAUCUGGCAGAAGCAAAUGGGAGCCCAAGUUUCAGCUGGCCAUGUUUAUCUGCUCCAAAAUCUCAAAAUGACAAGAUUUGGUGAUACUGUCGAGGCUCGAGCUAUACAUUGUUCGUCUCUCCAGUGUUUGCUUCGGCCAAAUGAUUUUACUGCACCAAAUGGUUUAGAUAAGGUGAUUGAACAGUUUCGUGUAGGGAUAACAACGAAGGACAAGCUUCAGAGAGUUGUUGGAUGGAUGCAACGAGCCAAACUUGCUCAUUGUGGAAGCGCAUUAAACUGUUUUGAACACAGGGGUCAGCUAAAAAUCAAUUGGAAAGUGCAUGAAGAUACGAAUUCCCAAGAUUGCACCUCUCUAUCAGAACUAUGCGAGUGCAGUGAAAAUUGUAAGGCUACUUUUCAUGCUUCUGUUGGUGAAAUAUUUUUACCCAUCAGUUGGGUCGAACUUGGAGAGAACGAAGCCGAGAGGAUGUUCAUUAGUCGGAGGCUAUAUAAUGGACACGAUCAAAGCUUCGUUGACGAUCUUAUUACUACUGGCUGUCAAUUGUGUGGUACCCCAGUAAACGCUAGACCUGGGUCAAGUGUGGAGCAAAACACAAGUCAUUUGUACUGUCCAAAAAGCUCUAAUCAUUUCCAUACAGUGGGCACCAUAUACAGACCUUUCCUGUUAUAUGUAUGGGACGACGUGAAGUAUCUCCCGAUUUCUGUCAGGAACAAGGCGGCUGAAAUUCUGUUCGGAAACAUCUCAGCUGAAAAAGUUCAUUCGUCUUAUAAAGACCAACGGGCUGGAAAAGACGGUUUUAAUCCUCACUCAUCGAGCGCUGGGCAAAUAUUUCAGAUGAAGGACAAAAUUGCUGAGGGUGUUGAAAAACCGAAUUUCUACAUGAUUUGGUUGAUUUUGUUGAGAAUGUUGUUUCAGCAUGAAAAGAACAGCCCGUUAAGAUUUAAAGUAAGAGUCGAAACGAAUAGAGAUUGGGAAAACGGGAGGCUUGAAAUGCUAUCGGUUUCGAUUCCAGCUUUUAAAAGAAAUCGAGCAGCCUCGAGUAGAGCUGCUGUAUUGUCUUGA